CAUCAUGGAUGUCACUGUCAUAGUGACAUUGAGCUGUUACUUGCACUAAUAUGUUAGUAGCAGAAAUGUACCAUGAGAUUUGAUAAUUCCGUGAGUAAUGACUCAGCAAGAUUUGAACAAGAUAAGGUGUGAUUCUUGAGCAAAAGUUGAGGAAAAAAGUCUCUAAAAUGCUGCCGUCAGUUCUUUCUUUCUGUUAAAAGCUUGAUUCGAUUUACUCUUUCUGUUGAGAUACAGGCAAAAACAUGGAGCUGCUUCAGUUAUUUUCUCUGAUUCUUCUGCUCUCUUUGUUUCUGUUGGCUGAUCGUCAUGUUCUUCAGGCUUCUGCUGAAAGAAGUACGUUUAUUGUCCACAUGGACAAAUCUUUCAUGCCUAAGGCAUUUUCUAGCCAUCAUUACUGGUAUUCUUCCAUGCUUCAGUCUGUAAAAUCAGUAGCCCAGACAUCAUUUGAUCGAGACAACCUCGAAUCGAAGCUUGUCUAUACUUAUGACAGUGCCUUCCAUGGAUUCAGUGCAGUGAUGUCCAAACCUGAACUGGAAGCGCUGAAGAAGUUGCCGGGGUUCCUGUCAGCUUACCCUGACGGUGUUGUAAUACCGGACACUACCCACACCUAUAAAUUCCUUUCGUUGAAUACAGCAAUAGGGCUGUGGCCAGCAUCCCAGUACGGGAAAGACGUGAUCAUAGGAGUUAUUGAUACUGGAGUCUGGCCGGAGAGCCAGAGUUUUAAAGAUGACGGUAUGACUGAAAUUCCCGCGAGGUGGAGGGGAAUUUGCCAAGAAGGUGAAGAAUUCAAUUCGUCGUUGUGCAACAAGAAGCUGAUUGGAGCUAGGUACUUCAAUGAGGGAGUCCGAGCGGCGAAUCCUGGUGUUACGAUUACUAUGAACUCCGCCAGGGAUGAUGACGGCCACGGCACGCAUGUGGCGUCCACUGCUGCUGGAAACUAUGUUGAUGGUGUCUCGUUUUUUGGCUAUGCGCCUGGAACGGCUAGAGGGGUUGCCCCGCGUGCUCGGGUGGCGGCGUAUAAGGUACUGUGGGAUGAAGGAAGUUAUGAAUCUGAUGCACUAGCAGGUAUUGAUCAGGCUGUGGCUGAUGGAGUUGAUAUACUGUCGAUUUCCUUGAGUUACCGUAGGACAGACUUGUAUGAGAAUCCCAUUGCAAUAGCAGGGUUUGGUGCUAGAGAAAAGGGAAUUCUUGUCUCUGUCUCGGCAGGGAAUCGCGGCCCGAAUUUUGCCACUCUGCUCGAGGGGAUACCAUGGGCAUUCGUAGUCGCAUCAGGGACUGUUGAUCGGUGGUUUACUGGUAGGUUGACGCUAGGGAACGGUAAAACAAUCACUGGAUGGACUAUGUUCCCUGCAAGAGCUUUAGUCAGAAACUUGCCUCUUGUCUACAAUGAAACUUUAUCUCCCUGCAAUUCAACUGAAUUACUGGCGGAAGCCCCUGACCGGAGUAUCAUCAUAUGCAAUAUAACUGAUGAAAGUACUAGUUUGUUUUUCCUAAUGAAUGAUCUAUCCAGAUCAAAUGUCGCUGCAGCCGUCAUAAUUUCAGAAGAUACAAGCAUACUGCGAUCCACCUCGUUUCGUUACCCUGGAGUUGUAAUUACGCCCUCAGAAGCUCGAGAGGUGAUUGAUUACACAUCAAAUAGUGAUACACCAACAGCAACCAUCGACUUCCAGCAAACAGUUCUUGGGACAGAGCCGAGAGCUGCUCCGGCCCUGUCAGGCUCCUCAUCGCGAGGCCCUGGGCGGAGCUAUCCUGGAAUCUUGAAACCUGACAUAAUGGCACCAGGAGUUUUGAUCUUAGCAGCAUACAAUCCACACUCGUUCGGGCCAGGAAUUGGAAACAACAUAUUCCUGUCGAGCGACUAUACUCUCUUGUCAGGCACAUCGAUGGCCUGCCCUCAUAUCUCCGGAAUUGCUGCCCUUCUAAAAGCUGCUCAUCCCGAGUGGAGCCCCGCAGCUAUCCAAUCUGCCAUGAUGACGACUGCAAAUGCACUCGAUAACACCAAACAACCCAUCAAGGAUAUGGCCUUUGAUUAUCGGGUUGCAACCCCUUUAGGCAUUGGAGCAGGACAAGUUGAUCCAAACCGUGCGCUCAAUCCAGGCCUCAUUUACGAUGCCACAGUGCAAGACUACGUUAAUCUUGUUUGUUCCAUGAACUUCACACCUGAACAAACUCGAACUAUCAUAAGAUCAAGCUACAACUGCUCGACUCCGUCCCCUGACUUGAACUACCCAACGUUUAUUGCUCUGUAUGAAGUUCAAGAAACGAGAACGACAUUAACGAGGAAAUUCAAGAGGACACUCACAAAUGUAGGGGAUGGGGCGGCCACAUACAAAGUCAAGGUGAAAGAGCCAAAUGGUUCAACGAUCACCGUUUCACCACAGACUUUAGUGUUCAGAAAGAAAUAUGAGAAGCAGAGCUAUUCCCUGACCAUUCGUUACAGGAGUAACAGUGAGUUUGUCAUCACAGAUGGUUCAAUCACUUGGAUUGAAGAAAAUGGCAAGCACACUGUAAGAAGUCCGAUUGUGGUGUCUCCGGGAGUGAACGAAGACUAGUUUCUUGAAAAUUCUAUUGUAAAUUGAAUUUUGUCGGACCUGGACCUGAACCACAAUUUAAUAAAAGUGGCAGAUGACAAGUGUAUUACACUAACUUAUUAUUCAUUUGAUUCGAUUAAACCUGAUAUGAGUAAGAAUUUUCUUUAA